UCUAGUCAGUCGGCCAAGAGCUUACUACUAGUCCGAUGAUGAUUAUGUCACUAGUCUACUGACUCUGCUACCUGUAACAUUUCAGAGCUAUUGCACGGUUAAUGACAAGAUAAAAGAAUAGCAAGAAUGAGACACCUUCUUAACGUUACAGCGCUUCUGUCGGUCAUUGCUGUGGUGUCAGGAUACGUGGAGGAACUCGAUGACAAGUUUAAGGACUACCUAAAGCAUGAACUCUGGCUGGUGGAGUUUUAUGCGCCAUGGUGUGCAUACUGUCACACAUUUGAGCCAGUAUGGCAUGAAGUCGGUGCAGAGCUGAAGAGUAUGGGCUCCCCUGUUAAUGUUGGCAAGAUCGAUACCACAGUGCACACAAGUAUUGCUUCAGAGUUUAAUAUUCGUGGAUAUCCAGCCAUAAAACUGUUUAAAGGAGAGCUGUCUUUUGACUACAAAGGGCCUAGAACAAAGGAUGCUAUUAUUGAAUUCACCAACAGAGUUUCAGGACCUGUGGUAAGACCACUCUCUAGUGUUCAGUUAUUCCAGCAUGUUAUGAGUCGUCAUGAUCUUAUCUUCGUUUACAUUGGAGGGGAGUCGUAUCUUAAGAAGGAAUACUACAAAGCUGCUACUGAGUAUAUUGUCCACACAUAUUUUUUCACUGCAUCUGAGGAAGUCCUUCCAAAGACAGUCACCCUGCAGGAUGUUCCCGCCGUUGCUGUGUUUAAAGACGGGACGUACUACCUUUACAAUGAAUUUCUUGAUGGUGAUUUGUCUUCCUGGAUAAAUCGAGAACGUUUUCCCUCUUACUUCCAAAUGGAUAGCUUCAGUCUGUAUCAGAUGGGAGAACUAAGUAAACUUGUGGCACUGGCAGUAGUUGAUGAGAAGAAUCCAUCUGAAGAAAGCAUUCGUUACAAAACUCUGAUGGAAAGGCUGUCAACUGAAUACAGAGAUAAUUACAAAAGUGAUUACCAGUUUGGUUUUAUGGAUGGGAAUGAAUACAUCAACGGUUUAAUUAUGGGAGAAGUUGAGAUGCCCUCCAUCAUUGUGUUAAAUAUGACCAUUGAUGGAUACUGUCUACCAGAAAAUAAGAUUGAGACCAUUGAGGAUUUACUUCGCUUUUUAAACAGUGUUCUGGAUGGCAGUGCAAAGCUACACGGGGGAAAUGGAUUUUUGCAGCACGCUAAGAGAUCUCUCUAUAAAGCUAAGUCUACUGUGGUGUCGAUGUUCCAGGAAGCUCCAUUCUUCUCCUGUUUUGUGUUUGGACUACCAGUGGGUAUAGUUGGGCUGGUUAUCUGGGGUACAUGUACUGCUGUACCAGCGGAUGAUGACAAACCUGUGGGAGGAGCUACAGCAAGUCCUGUUUUGGAUGCAGAUGGGAAGAAGGCAAUAGAAUUGCAGUCUGACAGUACAGAUAAAACCUCUGAAGCAAAGAAAGAGGAUUAACAUGGAAUGUUGACUAAGGAUCAUGUUAAUCUUUACCAUAUCAUUACAUGUGUUACUGGUUUUCCUUUUUUAUAUAAAUCGUCUUCCCAGUGUACAGUCUAUUGUGGUUGGUUUCUUUAUCAAAUAAAGUUCAAGUAACUUAAA